AUGUCCCCGAACGAGACGAAUCGUACGGCCAAACGCCGUUUGGAUUUCGCGGAUGGACCGGACGCAUCCGCCGCUCCCAAACGCAAGCUACGGUCUUCGUCCCCGUCACCGGUAUCUUCUAAUACGGAUCCGUCCCAAACUCAGCUACGAUUCUCACCCCGGACCCAAAAGGCACGCCCGACGGCGACACCUACGCGUCGGACGCCGUCCCGGUCCGUCGUCACCCCCGAUGCGCCCAAGCCUCGGCCGGUAGCGGUGGAAUACGUUCCACGUUAUCUGCACCAAACGCUCGAUUAUCAACGACGCGGACAGAAGAAGGAUCUGCCCACGCACACCCGUACCGCCUUGGCGUUGAUUGAGCAGUAUUACGAGAUUCCCGCUAAUCUGGAACAAUCCAGAAAGUACGGUCCGUUGAGCGGAACCACGUACGAAGAACUCGUCCUGCAAGCCUACACGCUGGGCACACUGGCGGUCAAGAAGGAAGAUGGAGCAAUUGUCUCGGAAGUGGAUAUUUGUACCGAAUGUGCGGUACUCGGGCACCGACGCGGCGAAUGCCCCACGCUCCUGUAG